CUAUAACGGUAUCAUAAUCAUAUAAGCAUAUACAUCACUCAAAUUUUGGUUCUCUUAUAAAUUAAAUUGUGUACAUAAAAGUUAAAAAAUAUUUUAAUUUAAAUAUUAUAUCUUAGGAUAUACCAAUAAAUAUUAUUUUAUUAGAGGUUUAUUAAAUAUAUAAUUUAUUUUAAAUAUGAAUUCAGACUGAAUUUGUUACUAUAUUUUCAUAUAGUUUAAAGCGUAUACAAUUUGUAAAAAAAAAUGCAAUUUCUCGAAUAAUAGUUUAGGUAAUUAAUUUAGUAGAUGUAUAAAAUCAUUACUAUCAUUCACUGUAGUUUGACACGUGCGUAAUGUAAAUACACGUUAAUUUCAAAUAAGUGUGACCAAUUCCAAUUUAGAAAUAUCCAGUUUCUCCCAAAGUGCAUAGGAGAAGAAGAAAAACGUUCGCUGAGGUGUCACCUGAGAUCACAAAACAAACAAUCUCUACUCGACCAUUCAUCACACCAUGUGGAGACGGAUCGUAUCCUCUCAUCUCAAAGCCCUAGUCGCCGAUGUCGCUGCUGCUUCUCCUCGUCGUUCAAUAGCCACCACCACCGCGAGACCCGUUCACUUCCAUCGCGCUGACAGUCCCGCUUCUUCUUCUUCUUCCGUCAUCCCUCGCUGUUUCAGCUCCGAAUCAGUAGAGACAAUAGCGAAGAAGAAGGUGGAGGAUGUUAUGCCCAUUGCAACUGGGCACGAGAAGGAGGAGCUUGAAGCUGAACUUGAGGGGAGGAGGCUGCUUGACAUUGACUUCCCCGAAGGUCCUUUUGGAACUAAGAAAGCUCCUGCUAUAGUAAAUUCCUACUAUGACAAGCGUAUUGUGGGAUGCCCUGGUGGUGAGGGCGAGGAUGAACACGACGUUGUGUGGUUCUGGCUGGAGAAAGGAAAGUCUUUUGAAUGCUCGGUUUGCACUCAGUACUUUGAGCUAGAAGUGGUUGGUCCAGGUGGGCCUCCUGAUGGUCACGGUGAUGAAGACGAUGAGCAUCACCAUUACUGAUUCCAGCUUCUCAAUUAGCCGCGAGUUUUACAUUUUGUUAUCAUAUAUUUUUUUACAGUUAUUUAUCAGAAUAAAAAAAAUCCAAACUUUGGUGAAACUUAGUUGAAAAAUGUUUUUGAUCGUUUUAGAACAACACACAUGAUCGAAGUUUAUAAAUGCAAAGUACUAUAGCCUAUUUAUA